GCUUACAAGGAUCUCUUCGCGCUAAAUACAAUCAAGUGUGUAACGUGAGUUGUAGUAUGUGUUUUCGAUUUCCGAGCAAGGGACGAGCACAAGUGUCCUAAAUGAGCUUCUGUCCUUUAUCUCCUUAAACCAGCUUUGGAAGGAUCGUGGGAAACCUCAGCACUUGAGAUCACGUUGUGGAAUUGCUCUUUGACUCGUCUGAGUGCACAGCUGAUUGUGAUUUUAAUCGCUCAUUCAUUUACAGUAUUCACUUUUACCACGGCAAUUAGUAUCAGUAGAUACUACGAAGAGGUUCUACUUCCGAAUCAUAGAUUUCACGUUGGGCUUUCCGGAGCAAGUCGUGUUUGUGUUAAAUUGAAUUUACUGGUGAGGAUUUUCCAUGCACACUUCUUCAUACCACAACGUUUGAAUCGAUUGCGAUGUUUGAUAACACUAUGGAAAAACGUCCCUUUUUGAGGACCCUUCAUGGAGCUCUUCUUUUCUUUCUCCUGUACUUGAACUGGGGUUUUUCUAACGGGCAAAGUGGGAUUCCAGAAGGUGCGAGCUCGCUUGUUUUUGUGUUCGACACGACAGGAAGUAUGUAUGAUGAUCUGAUCCAGGUGCGGGCUGGAGCCUCCAAAAUUUUAUCUACAACUCUCGACAGAAAAGUCAAGCCUUUGUAUAACUAUGUUCUUAUUCCUUUUCACGACCCAGGUUAGUAAGCAGAGUUAGUUAUUAAAGAUACGUUGUCCAAGUUUAUACAUGAAUUUGGAGUACAAUUUUGACAACUGCACCCCAAUCGUUAAUUGUACUGUGAGUUUACGUUUAAUAGCGGGUGUUUACUGAAGUUAGUGAAAGAUAGCCUUUGUUUACGUUCAUGAAAGGUAAACAGAACGACACCGGCGGAAGACUCAAGUGACUCGAGCAAUAACUUCAAAAGGUCCGCGAUUUUUAAAAAUGAUUCCCAUAAGUGCCGGCGUAAAAUACUAGCGAACUGAACCUAUCUUAGUCCAGCUGGCCCAAAACAAGACUGAACCUAUCUGAAUUUAGGACAAAUAAUUACAUUAAAUUUGCUGUUUCUGCAGCGAUCACGGUACAUAUUUGUAUUGUACCUUUUUUCUUUGCACAUGUGGCCUUGGAUCAAACCACUGGAUCUAAACAAUGAUGAAAAGAUUAUGAAGUGAAAGACUGAAACCAUUUAUUUUACUUAUCUGAUCCAUUUACCUUAUGUGUGGUCUGUAAACGUCCUUCUCUUUGGAAUCUGUCCAAUUUUAAUUCUCACCCACCCUCCCCUGUGUCACUGUUUUUUUGUCAUUCCUCAGGGUGGGCCAAUUAUCAGGGUCAAUGCAACUCGAGUACUACAGUCUUAGAUCCUCCCAGAUGCUCUUAUGGUGGGGUUUGUCAACACAUUCCUUGCAUGACAAAGUGCAGUCUUAAACCCUCCCAGAUUCUCUUAUGUAGGGCUUUGUCACACAUUUCUUGCCCACCAUCUGCUAAACAGAGCUGCCACUUCCAUUGAUCCUUGUUUCAAAAAGCUAUGUUAAUUUAUGACCUACAGUAGGACAUUAUUAAUCAUCAGCUGCAUAGUGCCUUGUAGGGGAAAACUUGUGCAUAAACAGAAAACAAUGAAAUUUGAUGUGGUGAGAAAACAACCCACUACAAAGUAUAUCAAAAUCAGUUGAACAGACUAAGAGUAGGAAAAUUGCAUCACCUCAAAUCACAUCCCAGUUGUUUUCUGAAGCCUCCCAAAUGAAAUGGUGCAAACCGUAGGAUUUUCCAACUGUAAUUUUUGGUUUUCCCAUGUCAAUGGUAUUAAAAGUACCGUGUGACACCAUGUUGUUAUCACCUUUUCACUCGGUAAUCUUGGUAGGGUGAUCCAAAUCAACAGCUAUUUUUUCUGUUCAGAUGAUUAUGUCAGGAAUGAAGACAAUAUAAGCCUCCAUUAAAGAUGUUAUGUUUCUAUACACGUGAUCAUGAGAUAAACAUUUCCCAGUUAAGUCAUGUAGAAUGUGAUUCUGUUAAAUUUAUAAGCUGUCUUGUGUUUUGGACAAAUAGCUUUUCUCUAGUUCUAUAAUGUUACUUCCCUGGAAGGGUACUCAACAAAGAUUUAUACAGGGAGGCUCCGCCCUGGGGUUCAACCCCUUACCCUUUACAUACCAUUUUUGACAGAAAGGGUUACCGCUUUUGUAUUACUUUCUAUUGACAUAUAGCACCCCUUUCACAUACCUAGAUUAGAACUUUGCAUCCCUUUUAACAUCUGUAAAUGCACUGUCUUUGAAAAUUAUAUGAAAAAAGCACAAAACCAGAACGUUUUUUCUUUUUUUGGACUUUUUCACAGGCAAAAAAGGCAUCUUUUAGCCCUCUGGGCCUUUUUACAGACUGGAAUGACAGGUUUUGCUACCCUUUCAUACACUUGAACAAGAGACGUCCUUGUAACCUUUCAUAUACCUGAGGCCUAAAAAACAUACCCCUUCUGUUCGGAGCCUCCCCUUAUAGGCGGGUACCCACCAUCUCCCUGGGGUUACUUCAACCAUUUCUAUUAUAAAUUGGUAGCAUGAAAUGAAUGUUUCCUGAAAGUGAGAGAGGUAUUGUGAUUGGACACAGUAAUUGACUUCAAGUUGGGAACUAUAAAUCAAUUAACAGUAUUAUUGAUCAUGAAUGAGUAAAUGAAGAAUUGUUUAGGUCCUGUUCAUAUUUUAGCUUCUCUUUCAACAGAUGUUGGCCCUGCAAUAGUAACAACAAGCCCAGACAAGUUCCAGGACCACCUAGAUAAUCUGUUUGUUCAGGGUGGUGGGGACUGUCCAGAGAUGUCUUUGAAUGCAAUCACCUUGGCGUUGGAAAUAAGCUUGCCUGGUUCAUUUAUAUAUGUCUUUACAGAUGCAACAGCAAAGGACUUUGACCAAACUCAAAAGGUGAUGUUAAGAAUAAGUUUUUUUUGUAUGUGAAGCCAUAAAUUAAGUUACAGUCGAACCCCGCUAUUUCGAAGUCCCAAGGGAAAUGAAAAAAGUUCGAAAUAGUGGGGCUUCGAAAUAACCGGGGAAGCGUAAAGGGGAAGGGUAAAUCCAAGGGCAUUUGAGGGUAAAUCCAAGGGCAUUCCAUUGAUCUUCCUUCGAAAUAAAACUUGAUUAUAAUAUUAUUAUACUAUUUAAGGGGGACUUCAGAUGUGUAAUGGUAAAAAUACAUUUAUUAUUGUUAUUUUUGUGGAAUUAACCGAGUUCGAAAUAGCGAGGUUCAACUGUAGUUUAAAAGGUAUAUGUUUUUCCAUUGCCAAUUUUCAGUUGCCAGUCACUUCUCCUGGCAUUUGUAUUUACAUUUACAGAUAAAAUCUUGAUUAUAAUAUUAUUAUACUAUUUAAGGUGGAGGCAGCAAAAAAUAAACAUUUCACAUAAUUAUGUAGUACAUUUCAUUAGUCAGAUGUGUAAUGGUAAAAAUACAUUUAUUAUUGUUAUUUUUUGUGGUCAUAAUAAUAAUAAUAAUAAUAAUAAUAACUAUCUAUCUAUCUGGUUAUUAGUUCAGAUACUCUAUCCUAUGAGCUGUUGGUGACUUGUAUAAGCUGAGGUCAGGACAUAAAUGUAGACAGGUUGCAUUUGCAAUGAUAUAAAUGUGAUGGUGAAUUUCAUGAUAUUUUUCAGUAAGGGACAUAGGUGACUUAAAAGAAAAUAACAAUAAUGAUGAUAAUUAUAAUUAUAAUGAUGAUUAUAAUAAUUAUAAUUAUUAUUAUUAUUAUUAUAGUACAAAAUAAUGUAAUAUAUAUAGGUAUAGUAAAUUAAAGAUGGAGAAAAAGAAGAAUUAACCUAGCCAUAAAUCAUUUCAAUAAGAUUUAACUCUAUCUUGACUCUUGCUCCUUUCACCUGAGCUCUCUUUUCUCCCUUCAUGGUGAUUUAAGGCCUGCUCCAUGCGUGUCAAACUCCCUGUAACUUUUUGGAAGUUAAACAGAAUGUUAUGCAAAUAGUAUUUUUACACCUAAAGUGAGUUUCAUCUUGACACCAGUUGCUACCCUUCUAGUCUGAUGUCAUUUAUGGAUCAUGAGUGGGUCCUGGCAAUUUUGCUCUUAUCAACUUAACUGGUUGCCAUCAUUGUAGGCCGGGGAAAUUAGUAUGGUGAUGUCCCUCCAUCCUACUUAUCCUACCUGUGGCAUGAAUUGUAGUUGCUGGGAAUAUCACUAAGUCAUUACUGUUUAUCAGUAGCAUGCCUAAAAUAUAAAUCAAUAUUAAAUUUGAUUGAAAGACCUGCUAGCUGGAGACACCUUGAAUGAAUUUGCCAUUUUAAUUUAAAGGUAAUAAAGUUGAUCCAGCAGAAGAAAAGUCAAGUGUUGUUUGUUCUGACUGGAGACUGUGGUAAUCAGACCAUCUCUGAAGGCAUAUCAGUUUAUGAACUUAUUGCUGCUGCAAGCACUGGACAAGUGUUUCAAUUGAAAAAGAAAGAUGUCAACCAGAUGCUGAAGUUUGUAGAAGAAUCUGUACAGGCAAACAGGGUAAACCUCAUCUCAACAGACAAUGGUGAAGCAGCAAAUAAAACUUACAUCGUCCCAGUGGACAAUGCUCUGGAGGAAUUGACCAUUGCCCUGAGUGGAAAAGACUCUGUCUUAGAAAUUUAUCAUCCUAAUGGUAAUAUUGUGCAGUAUCAUAAAAUGUUCAUACCCUCACGUUGGAGGGAGGUUGGGAAUUCCAAAUGGGUCGGGGGGUCAAAGUCCCAGGAAAUUCGUGAGGUAAAGGACAAGAGACUGUAUAGUUAAAUAAGGACCCAAAUGGCACAGCACUUUAAUUAUUGGUAGUGGCUGCCAUACCAACUUCAGCUCUGGUUGCCAACACUGCCCUUUCCUUUGCUCCAGGCUCCAUGAACUUACAGACAUAUUCCAAAGAUUGAGAAUUAACUGCAUCUUUGCAUUUUAAGUUAGAAAUGAAGACACUUAAGUGUUUGUUCUCACUUCUACUGUAUUUUCAAAUAAGACCAGCUCAAUCUUUUCCAGUAUUUCACCUAGUGCUAUUUGAUUUUGGGUACUCUGCAAAAAGAAUUGGUACAAUUGUAUUUCUAAUAUAAAUUUUGGUCAUCAACAUUCUCUUGAGUAAAACAGUAAUACAGGCUGAGUGAAGAAGGGUUUACCCCCAAGGACAUUGACAGAGUGGGCCGUCCCCCUGGUUAAUUAUGCAUCAGAACAACUUGUGAUUUUGCACAAGGUUAUUCAUGCUGUACCUCAGUGGAGACCAGUUGCUUGAAACAUGUGAAAGCUUGAGGUCAAUUCAGUUUGUAAAAAUGGGUUCUCUCAACUCAACCUAAAUUGGUGGACAACCCAGAACCCUUAUAAUUUUUUUUUAUGGGGUGGGGAGGUUGAAAUAUGACUAUGUUUAUUUAUUACUGUGGUUGGUGAAUUUACCUUAUUAUCUGGCUUUUCUAGGAUUUUUCAUAUUUUUCCAGGUUAGCUGUCCCCUCCCCCCCCCCCUGCCCCCACCAGAUUUUGUACUAUCAAGUCACAUAUUGCCUGUUUCUGUCCUGAACCAAUUCAUACAAAGUUACCUGAACAAAGAGGGGCAAAUUAUUGUGCUCACAUUACUUGUCUGAUAUUAUAACCGCAAUUAAUUGAACUCAAUUUAACAUGCUGGCAUUCUGGUGUGGUAUAUUAAACUUUUUUAUUUGUAUUCUACUUGAUAUUAGGCAGUCAUUAUAGAGAUGGAAAAGGACUUCAGAAGGUAUUGAGUCUUAAUGGAGCAAAAAUUAUCAUUGUAAAGAGUCCAACGCCAGGUCUCUGGAAGGUGAUUGCCAGCAGUAAUGGCAGCCACACCCUACGAAUCACUGGUUUAAGUUCCAUGUAUUUUACCAGUGGCUUUGGGCUACAGCCAAUAAAAACUCAAGAUGAAGCUUUGCUGCGACCACUUGCUGGUUAGUUAAAAACAGUGAUUAACAUUAGACUUGUGCUAACAAACUCACCUUAGAUGUAACUGAAAUGUAAAUUGGUUGAUACAUUUUACUACAUUAUUUAACCUCUGUAUAAACUAUAUAUCAUUCAUGUAAGGGAACAAAAAAUAUUUGACACACUGCCCAUACUGUGGCUUUUUUUCAGUAUAAUUUAUUUAACACUGGUAUUAAAAAUUAAAACUUUCCAUGCCACUGCUUUUUCUUCCCUGUUAAGUUGCAAUGGUAAACCCAUGCAAUGUUUUGGGCUGGGAUGAGGUAGGGAAAAUAAGAAGGGGAUGAAGACUUGCAAAAAGUGGAAUUAAAAUAUAUAACUGUCACAAUGAAUGUCAUUUACCUUUUAUAAAGAUCAACGUUAUUCCCAGGUGGUCUUGAGCCUUAGUAUAGUCUUUAAGCAUGCACAUCAAUUAAGUACAUGUAGUCAUCAUUUCAUUGAUAAAUUUUGAAAUUAGUUUUUGCAAAGGGGAUAAAAUUUUCCUUAGCUGCAACAGAACUGUUCAGUAAAUUUUAUUCCUUUCAGGUUUCAAAAACUUUGCCCUCAUUGAGGUAAAUGGUCUUCAGACCCCUGGUACAGCCCAGAAGGUGCAGAUAUUGGACUUGCAGGGACAUCUGCUUAGUGAAGUACCUUUUAAACCCCGUAAAAUGGAUAAUUCUACAUUUGAUUGGUAUAAUUUUGAGCCACCCAAAGGACUGUUUUAUAUACGUGUUGUCGGUGUGGAUGAUAAACAUAACAUGUUUUACAGAGCAAGUCCAACUGCUUUAAGUGCCAUCUUACCAGGUUAGUAAAAUAUACACUCACAGUUGAACUCAACAUUUCCUCUCUCCAAAAUUGAAAAUGUACUUAAUGUCCGAAGUAGGUGGAGUGUGAGUGCAGAUGCUAGGGUUCCCGGCUUAAUGCCCUGCAAUAAUCACAGUUCCAGCAGUCACUUCCUGGUCAGAUCAGCCUACUUGUUUCUGUUUGUAGUGUUUUCUAUGUUUUGGCUAAAAAUGUUUCUACUUUUCCCUUUAUUUUCUCAAUUGUCUCUUCCUUAAUCAGUUGUUCUCUGCUCUUUUUCAGUCCCUACUUCUCAACUCUGUAAUGGCGCAUUUGCACAGACCGUUUUUCCUACAUUUUUAAUGCAUUUUAGAUGCACUGCCUAAGACCUGGCAUACACUAGGCAAACACAAAUAACCACCUGAAAAUGUGUCAACGGAAGAGGAAAAAAUGAUUAUUUUUCAUUUAUCAAUGACAGAUUCACACUUUAUCAGGUAUCAUCUUCAAAUUUGUCACUUUGUCAAACACAAGCCAGUUCCCUUUUUCAAAUAAAACUAAAGUACUUAUCAGAGGAGGACUGCAUGGUUGGCACUCACACAUCGCGUGGGGAAAGAUAAGAAAUAUCAGGCAGAUUUAGCAAAGACGACUUCUGAACAAUAAAGAAAAAGUAUGCAGGAAGGGCUGAACAUUAUUUCUGGAGCUCAAUUUGCCGUAUUGCCUUUCUUUAUGUCAGGUUUAAAUCUGCGCACACUGUUAUCUUUGUCAUCACAUUGUCUUCAGUUAAUAAUCUGCUUAGUAGUUAGCACUAUCUCCAUACAUGCCAGCUGGUGCAUUGUGUGCCAGUAAUCUACACGUUGAUCAUUGAGGCACCAGGCGCAGCAGUAUUUUUAAUCAACUUGCUUUUGUGUUAUAGAACCACCCAAGGUCAUUGCUCCAGCUACCAAGGAAGUCUUAUCUGGCUCCCAAGCAACUCUUUGGUGUACAGUUAAAACCAAGGCUCCUGCAAAGAUUCAAUGGACUAUGAACAGUAAAACACUGGGACCUGUACUGACUCAUACUGGCACCAUUAAUAUCACUCAUGUCAUCCCCUCAGUUACAAACAAGAACCAAGGACCUUAUUCGUGCUCUGCAACCAAUGUUGGUGGAACUGGUUCUGCAUCAACUCAGCUUAGAGCCAAAGGUAGGGAAUGUUGUUCUAAUAUCAUUGCCCAAGCUCUUCUAUUAAGGCAUUGUUAGUUUGAAAUUGAAAUUUUUGGAGCAACACAGUGAGGUCAGUCCACAUUUCACUGUUGUGUUGGGCUACUCUGCUUGCACCAUUGAACAAAAGACAAUCCCAGGAUUCAGGUUUGCUGAAGUGACAAGAGCUGUUGCUACGAUUCACAUUUCAGAUUGUGACCAAGCUUGCAAUGAGCUCUCAUGGAUUUCUUACCUCCGUUAAUUUUCCAACAUUGUAUUUUCAUUUUUAACGGUCAACGAGAGUACAAGUUUCCCACAGCCACAUUUGGCAACAAGAACAUGGCAUUGUAAGAGUUUUAUCAGGCUCAACUUUAGCAUACCAUCAUAAAAGGAAUAUAAUUGCGACCACUGCAAAUAAUGGUUGUGACCAAAGAUCAAGAACAAGGAUAGUCAUAAGCUCUUGUCAUGCUGACGUCUUGUGAGUUGAAGCUUGCUACUAGUCUUGUUUGGCAACAGGUGCACUAGACUAGUAACUGGCCUAGCAGGCUGGCGUUUGGUGUGCUCAAGGCUUGUGGUUCAUACGGUGGAAGAUACGGGCGCGCGAAAGCUGAACCGAGGUCAAACGAGAAGACGAGAUGGGAAGGAAAGAGGGGGUUUUCUCUCUGCGUCGUUCCCCUCGCCCUAUCCCCCUUGUUUUCUCAUUUUGACCUCGGUUCCUCGCUUCUCAUUGCCGUAACUCUUAUUUUUGAACACUCAAACCACACUUGGCUACACAGGUUAGUACACUAGGAAUAACUUAACUUUUUCCCCUACAGAUCCACGCACUAUUGAUAUUGACGAACCAUACUCUAACUUGACAUUGGUAACUGGUGACGCUGUUAUCCUUAAUUGUGUGCCUGACAUUGAUGCACUCUACAGUAUUGAGUGGCGGAAAGACGGAACUUACCUGAAUCCACAAGCAAACGAUACCUUGCUACUUCUCAUCCAAGGCAGAAAUGAUGGUGGCAGGUAUGAAUGUGUUGCUACCAGCACCAGACGAGAGGAGGUACUGGUUAUUGAUGUUGUUGUGUUUGGUAAGUAGUAUUUAGUGUUCUGAUAAUGUGUACUGCUGCAGCUGAUAUAAUUUAUCUUCAUGAGUAAGGCCUGCAGCUUCAAUCGACAACAAAAUAGGUUGGGACACUUUGCCCUAAAGGGCCUUUCUGACGUUUUGCCAACUUCAAAAGGGGAAAAUGAAGCUUUCCCUCCCCUAUCCACUCCAUGAAUUUUGGGCCGAGCUGUUCGAGCUACCUGUAGAAAACAACUAACACCCCAAUUUUGAUUGGAGUGGGGAGGGGUGUGGAUUGUUUUUUGCUUCGAAGUAACCCCAUUUGAGGAAGAAUGACCUUUUAUUGCUUAAUUGUCCGAAAAAUAGAGAAAAGUGAUACGAGAAGUAAAAAAUUGAUAGUUUUUGCAAGAAUGAAAGCUUUGAUUCCUGGAUUCCUACGUCGUGAAAGCUAAGGUUUGGAAUGUUUUAAUGAAAUUCCUUCCUUAUGUUAACGCGCUUUACCUCUAAAAGGUCGUUACUUUCCUUUAAAUGUGAUAUUUUGUUGUAAAAUUAAAACUAUGACAUGGGAAUUGGCUACUGUUGAGCAAAAUGUGGAUAUUUUAACAUUUUAUUGAUAACUGGAAUUUGAGCUCGAUCCCCUGCUAACGUUUUAAAAAUAUAACAAUACACCCUCUUAAAAAAGUCGGCAGUUUUCUCUGAUACAGACAACUGUUUUUAAUACCUUCUUCAUCCUGCUUUUUUGAAUCAAAUUAUACCUUCAGCUCGGUGCCUAUUGCCUGUGUUGACCUGUCUGUUGUAACAGACUAUUUUCCUUCCCACCUCCGUUUAUUGUCGAUUCUUUUUUUUUUUUUUCUUAUAACAGAAAAUCCAUCUGCCACAAUUAUCCCACCUUUAAUGACUUUCCAAUCCAGGGACAAGGUAACGAUCACUUGUCAGGUGAGUGGGUUUCCUGUGCCUUCCAUCCUGUGGUUCAAAGAUGACAUUCUGAUGGAGUUUGACAAGAGAAUCAGUGUGGUUGAAAGCUCACUUGUUAUCAGAGAUGCGCAGAUGUCAGAUGCCGGGGAAUAUGAAUGCAAUGCUUGGAACAUUGUCGGGCAGAGCAAAGCGACAGUAAAGUUGUUAUACACUGGUAAGCUUAGGGAGUCUAUGCCUCAAAUAAUGACCAAUAGUAAGAACGAAGGAGGACGAUACCGAGAACGAGAUUUUCUCAUUACUAAAUACAGUGGAACCUCGUUAAUACGGUCACUAAUGAGCCAAAGAAAUUUGGCUGCAUUAACGAAGGCCAACAAAAGUGGCUGUCAUAACGAGGUGGAUAUAGGGCGGAGUUUCACUGUAUUGCUCGUGCGUGAACCAGCGUCAUUUUGGCGGGAAAACGUGAUAGCCAUUGUCAUUCUACUACGAGUUGUAUGGAGAAUGUCGUAGUGGCGGAAACUAGUUAUCAAAUGUUAGAAGUUUUAUCAUUUUGCGAUUGGGAGAGAUUUUGUUAACCUCCUUCAGUAAAGAUCACAGUGCUAACUUUUCUUGUGAAUCAAAAGUACGAUGAAGCUUUCCGGGGUGCCUAUUUUUUGAGAAUACGCGGAGUAACGUUCUGUCAAAUCUCGUACUCCAAUCUAAAGGUCUCUAAUAUGUGUUUCACGGAAUGAAAAGAAAAUAUAAUUUUACAGUUUUUGAUGUGAUGGCUAUAAAUAGAUGAGAGGAAAAUUACAACAAAAUGCGGUGAAUAAGAGGACACGUUUUGCCGAAUAAACUAUACAUGUUAUCUUGUUCACUGAUAAACCUUAUUAAUUUGAAAAAGAGCUUGUGAUUAUAAAACUUACCUUGGACGUUUCGCUUUUCAGUUCCCCCAUCAGUGUUUGUUGAUCGAGAGGAAGUGAUUGCAGUUGUCGGUGAGACUGUGAUAGUCAAGUGCUCAGCAGAUGGAUCUCCUGAAGCAAAUCUUUUGUGGUUUAAGAGACGAAAGAAAAUACUGCCCAGUCGUCGUAUUGCUCUCAGUAGUCAGGGACAUUUGGUUAUCAACGCCGUUCAGUUGAAUGAUGCAGGAUAUUAUACUUGCCUUGGGAACAACAGUGCAGGUCAAGAUUCCCUGACCAUCAUCAUCCAAGUGCAUAGUGAGUUGAAUAAUAGUUUCACCUAGCCUAACUUAUUUAUUUAUUUAUACAGGAACAAUUGAUUUCGCGUAUAAUAAGCUAAUUUAAAUAGUCCUUUAAAAAAAUGCGAAGAGAAUCAAUAUCCAUAGAGUAGCUCAGAGUAGCACACUUAACGUACGUGGACACGCGAUAAUGAAAAGAUUUAAGGUAUAGCCUGGCGCUUGAAAUGCCGUUUCGCUAAGGACUUGAAAGUAUUUUUAGUCCGUUGCAGAUAUUAUAUUAGAGGUCUUAGAGGGGAGGGAAUUAUAGGCGCGUGCACCAUUGAUCCUAAAACUGCCCUGGUAUUAGUGGUGGUUUUAGCCAAAGGCAGCCACAACUGAUCACAUUGUCUGGUGAAGUGAGAGUGGAUUUGGUGAGCAUGCCUAAGUUCACUCAGCAGAUAACUGCGUACAGCCAUUAGUAGUAGCGACAGUCUGUAACGGCAUGAUGCGGGGAGAAAUUCCUCUGCAUUGGCCAUUUUGAGGGAAUAGGAGACAAGUUAACGAUAGAUCUCAACCACUACAGGGAAACAAAUUUCUUGCCAAAACUUUAAUCUUAAUAGUUAUGCUGAUGUAAGGAGCGGUCUAUCACUAUGGCCUUCAUUGUCUUAAGUGUCAAAUACUUCUUCCGUGUCUAAUUACUUAGUAGUACUAUCGUGAUACACCUAAAACGAGACCCUUUUGACAGCAUUUGAGACAUCAUUUUCCUUCAGAAAUGUCCUCCGGAAUUGAAGAAUAACUUACAUGUAACUCAUUGGUCCAAACACCCUUUGCGGACUCGUCGGUGACUUUAGAGAGAUUUAGAAUCAAGUUAACGGCAUACGUCAAUUUGUACCACGUCAGCAGGCUUUCCCUUAGCUUAUAGGUCACUGUUCGUGACAUCUAUUCUACACAGGUGUUAGCUGAUUCUUGUGCAUUGCAUUCAUGAGAAUUCUUUUGGACAAUUUUUAUCUACUCGUUUCCCAAGUUUUGAAAUUUUCAACUUGAAAUUGACGUUUAGCGUUUGCCGUGAACGUGAUUUUAACACUCGCUUUUGUCUUUUUCCAACGCUUACAGUGAAUUUGCUUUUAUCUUAUAGCCAUCCCACGCGUUAAGGUAGACAAGGAAGAAGUACCCCUGAAGGUUGGUAAGACUAUAGAGCUACAUUGUGUUGCUGUUGGCGUUCCAACCCCGACCAUCUCAUGGCUGAAGAAUAACAUUCCUUUACAAAACAGCAAUAGAAUUACAGUUACUAGCGGUGGCGCACUGAUCAUCAAAAGUGCUGUUCCGCAGGAUGUAGGCGAGUAUCUCUGUGUAGGCAGGAAUCCUGCUGGAAAAGCCACAGCAGCGGUGCUACUCUGGAGUGAGGGAGGUAUGUUGAAUACAUAAACUGAGGCUUGUACGCCCCCCCGCCCUCCCCUUCUACCACCCAGGUAUUGGACCCUUAUUGAAAGCUCCGGCCUCUUGGCUACUUACGAGAACGAAAGGGUGAUUUUACGCUGUUGUAGCUUUUGGUGUGCUUUGUGGGAAAGGUGUGGAAAUCUGUACUCCAUAUGUGAGAUUUUAUGAUGGGCGACCAAAAGGGGAUUAAGAGCAUUUUGACAAGUCCGAAAGUCGAAAUUUUCAAUCUCUCUUGUUGGAAACGUCUGUUUCAUUCAACUCUUUUCCCGAAAUCAGCGUCUAGGAUUUCAGCUGAAUCGUUUGCUGAAUUGUUUAACUUUGGAGACAUUUCCCUUUCCGUUCGUGUAUAUUGCAACAUUUUAGUCAAAUGAAAAGAUUCCCCACACGUUUUUCCUACAACAGAUUCUUCGAUAUGUUUGGGAACCGUAUAUUAACUCAUAAUACUUUACACGGCAGCUGCUAAUGCACAUAUCAAACGCAAUCUUAAUUGGUGAUUAAUCCUUCUUAUAACUGUAAAUAUCGCUCUUCAGUUCCUGCAAGGAUAAUCAACCCUCCAACUGAUAAGACUGUCACCUUUGGUGGAAACGUGACUUUUAAAUGUCGAGCUGAGGGUUUACCUAAACCACAGAUUACGUGGAAGAACAGCUUGGGUAUCUCUGCUGAUACAGACCCCAGAGCCACAGUGAUGUCAUCAGGAGACCUCUUUAUUAAGAAUAUCCAACUAAAGGAUGCUGGGAGAUAUGUCUGUGCAGCGGAGAAUAAUCUGGGGAGAGACACUGCCCAGGUCACUCUCAUUCUUACAGGACUUAGUAAGUGACACUAUGUUAUUAGCUGGACAUACAAUAGUUACUAAUAUCGAUGACUAGAUUUCUCAGGGGCAGCGAAAUAAGCGACUACUCAAGAAUCACCCAUUACUAAAGAAGUUGUCUGUCAAAGUCAUCUUCUCAAUGUAAAGAAUGACGUCACAGGUAGUUCCACAGGAACAGCUUAUAGGAGUCUUUGGUGUCUUCUAGUCAUUUUAAGAAAAAAAAACUGUGUACGUAUUAACUCGAAUAAGCACCGCAUUUGGGAGAAAAACGUUUAGAAGAAAAGUUAAAGAAGCGCUGCGGCCCUGAUAUAAUCAAAAUCAAGGCGUUUAAAAUUUUGUUAGUUAAAUACGGAAAAUAAUAAUACCCCAGUUAAACUGUAUAAUUCUUUGUCGGGUCCCACUUUCAAAUAAACGCUGCCUUCAAAUAAGCGCCGCCCUCGAAUAAACGCUGUACUUGAGGCGUGAACAAUUUAAUAAGCGCCGCAGUGCUUAUUCAAGUAAGUACGGUACGUCCAAGUGUAAAAAAUAUAUCAUAAUUUUUGGAAUUCGUUGUUUUUUUGUUCACUCCUUCAGCUCCCCCGAUAAUUACAAAACCUCAUAAAACCACCAUUAUCAGUGACAGAGGUGGAACAGUUGAACUUCAGUGCCCUGCUAUUGGUAAUCCUCAACCUACCAUAUCAUGGCGUAAGAAUCAUCAGCCAGUUAAUCUUGAUGGCAUCAAGUACAAACAGAAGGAUUCAGGAACUUUGGUGAUACGUUCACUGCUGCCAUUUGACUCUGGAACAUACUUGUGCACUGCAGAAAACCCAACGGGAAAAGACUUUCUCAUCCUCACACUUCAUGUGUACAGUAAGUUCAAUUGUUGCUAAUCCUGCUCACAAAGAUGAUGAAUUUAUCUCUGGAUCAAAUUCUGAACAGACCAUUUAUUCGUGUUCUCGACAGUCACACUGAACAGUAACCCACAAUGUACCAAGUUUACUCGCUUACUUCGUACAGUGUGUUCUUUACACAACACAUGUAUACGUUUUCUUGAUUGCAUUCUACUGCCGUGAAUGCUAAUUGAUUGUGGUUUAUUGCCGAGAAUAUAUCAAUCUGAAUAUGAAUAUAGGUUUAUGAGCAUUUUUCUGCGCACUAAAUUAUCUUUGAAACAACCUUUGCCAAACGGAAUGCAAAGUUGCACCGACGGUAACACUACUUCUGAUUGUGGAAUUGCAGUGAUUUGCAGUGGUAGCGGAACGAUCCUGCUGCUGUUUGUUCUGGUCUUUGACCAUAGAUAAAUAACAAAUGAACAAAAUAAAUAAACAUCGACUUAAAGGUAGCACAUUCGCAAAGUAGUUCGUCGUCUACCUGAUUUCUGGUCGUUCUGGAAUUUGGAAAUGUUGACUUUUGUAGAGACAGGAAAACCCGGAGUACCCAGAGAACAACCUCUCGGAGAACCAACAACAAACUCAGCCCACACAUGACGUCGACGCCGGGAUUUGAACCCAGGUCACAAUGGUGUGAGGCGAGUGCUCUCACCACUGCGCCAUCCCUUACUCCCAAGGUUCUACAUGCAAUUAACUCUAUUUAUCUCUACUCUGUUAGUUUCUCCUGAGAUUAUCAGACCCCCACCGGACUUGGCUGUAGAUGAAGGAGACUCAAUCUUAAUGGAGUGUGUAGCGCGAGGAUUUCCCACUCCGCGUAUUCGUUGGCUUCAGAAUAAUCAGCCGACUCGUUAUAAUGGCUCUGUAGUUCAAAUAGCAGCGGUGAAGUCUCAACACACUGGAGUUUAUAGAUGUGUGGCUGAGAAUAUUGCGGGUAACGCAUCUGCCACUGCGGUAUUGGCUAUAAGGGGUAAGUUUGUUUAACCAAUUUGCCCCAGGCAACGUUGGCUGAAAAACGCGUUUUAAGCUAGUCGAGCCGUUUCCUGUUCUCUGUCUGGCUGUAAAGAGCUAAAGCUUUGCUUUAUUUCGCUGGGAGAAAUUUUUGGAAAGCUUUUAAGAUCGUAGGAUAAGAGGCAAGGAAGUCUAGGAGGGGAGUGGAACAAGAUCUUUAUGGACAUUUUCGGCCAACUUUAAUUUUUUUUUUUGCCUUUUCCUCCGGCCUCCUCUGAAUCAUUCUCAUUCUUGUAUGGUGUGAAAGAUCUCUUCCCCUGCUUAAGUGACAUUACACAGGUGUCCUUGACUGUUAAAGCAGAUGACGUCACAAGCAACACAAGGGACGUGGAUCCGCACGGGCGGUUACGGGCGGUUUAGGGAAGGGUUCGAGGGCUAACGGGCUAAUAGAUUAUUUUGUUUCAACGUGAUCCAGGGCUGGCUCUAACAGAGGUAAUUGCCCCUAGCGCCUCCCUUUUGUUCUCGGAUGACUAGGAAUUCUUAGUGUUUGCCAUAAAAAUCCUACGUUUGGCACCUUGGAUUGCACAGGUUCAAAGCAUUCAGCUCCCCUCAAUUUUUCUUAGAGCGAAGCCUUCUGAUCAUCGAACCUAAGUACGCAACUUAAGCAGUUGCGAAAAAAGAGCGUGAAAAAAUAACCUUUGAACGGGAUUCGAGCCAAAGACCUCUGCGGUAUCAGUGGAGUAGUUUUAUCACUGAGCUUUCUGGGAGUCAACUAGCAGCUACCCUGAAUAGCUGACGGUUUUGUUUGGCGGGCGCGCAAAUUGUUUCCGGUUUUCUCUUUUUUGCAGCUGCUUAAUUUGUGUCGGUCCGUAACUGCUAUGAUCCUUCGCGUGUUCUUCCUCCCACAUGUUCUUCCUCCCACGGUUAAAAUAGAGUCAAACCACCUGUAAGCAACCACCAGAACUACAGCGGCUGUCUUCCUAGAAAGGUCCCUACAUAUCUACCUUUUGGCGGAUAAUUUAUUACAUGCAAUUUCUUAAUAACGAAUACGCCACGUGUUCUACAGGCUUGUAGGUCCAUUAUGUCACUGAAAGUUCCUCCUAUAUACUGAAUGGCGUAAUACAUAUGGCGAACAACGAGACUACACCAUGCGUCAACUGUUUGCUUACUAGAGAUUAAAAAAAAUGGAAACUAUAAGACUGUCGGGUCAAAAACGGGUAGCGAGAGGUUCUAAUUGUAGGGCUUUGACUUAUUUGGUGUUUUGGAUAGGUGGUCGCAAAUGGAAGAUCAUCGGCUGUAUGUGAAAUUUCAUAUAUUCACUUUCAGACUUCUUUGUUAUCUCGGUAGUGAAAUGCGCAGGUCAAAAAACGUUUUGCGGCAUUACAGUCAACUCUCUACAAGACGGACGCCUUUGGGACCGUUUUACAGAGGUGUCUGUUAAGAGAGAGUAGACUGUAUUUAAUUAUUAUAAUUUAUUUAUUCUACAGCUCCGCCUGUAAUAUUUGAGCCCAGGCUGCCGCGUGUGAUGGUGUUAGCUGGGGACUGGACUGACCUUAACUGUAACGUAAGUGGCUAUCCAAAGCCAACUAUCACGUGGUUAAGAGCGGGUACACCGAUUGACAUGAAUAACCCUAAGUAUGUUGUUCUUCCAUCCGGGAGUCUGCGCAUUUAUGGUUUGACUCCAGCAGACAGUGGUAGAUACUCUUGUGAGGCUUCUAAUCCGCUUGGUAAAGCUCGUCAUCCUGUGGAAUUGUCGGUGCAAGGUGAGAAUACUGUAAAUUAUGUAACAGCUCUUAAGUAAACGCCUCUUGUCUAAUAAACUUCCGCUUACGCUUUUCAAGUCUGUAUUAGACGCGUCCCUCUAUAAUACCCCCCCCCCCCCCCGUCUAAUGGAAAGACAGUUGAUCAAAAUUACUAGAGCAAACUUAUUCAAUUCAGUUGUCUUGUUUGAUUAACAAGAGCUUGUGCAUCAAUGAUACUUUGUUCAAUGCCAAGUUGAACCCUAAGCUGUGAAAAAACUAUUUGGUUUCUUACAUUUUCUUUUUGUUUUCUGUUGUCGUGGCCCGAUUUGUUACAGAUAGCUUUUACUUGUUUAAUGCGGUUUUUUUUUCUGGCUAAGCCUCUGUUUUGUUUUGUUUUGUUUUUAUUUUUAUUGUUUUAGUUCCUCCUGAGUUCGUCAAACGUCCGGAAAACAUUUCCAUCGACGAGGGCGACACAAUCAUCUUAGAAUGUGAAGUGCGUGGUUUUCCUGUUCCUCAGAUCACGUGGUAUCUAAAUGACAGCGCUUUGUCAAAUAACAAUUCUUUAGUGGAGAUUGUUAACGCCAAAAAGGCAGACCAUGAGGGCGUUUAUCGUUGUGAGGCGAAGAACCCUGCGGGAGCUGUAUCAGCUAGUGCAGUGGUUACAGUAAAUGGUAAGGUUAAAGAAAAGUAUAUUUAAGAGGGGGACAUGUGGGUUUACGGUAUUGCGGUAUUGAGCUUUUUUGCAAGCGGUAUUUCGGUAAUUUUGAUUUUAAUGUGCGUUAUUGCGGUUUCAUCCAGCCGUGCGGUAUGCGGUUUUUCAUCCUUCUGGCUAACGGUAUUCGGUAAAAGAAGAUCCUUGACGGCAUUGCGGUAUAGCCUCCCACGCAGACGUUCUUAGAGGUUCGUCACGCGUGUGGCAGGAACGCGUGACGAACCCCUAGGAACGUCUGCGUGGGAGGCUAAUUGCAGUACUGUUCAUUUGGCCUCUCCUGUCUAAUGUAGGUCAAUAUUUGGAAGACUUUAGACUUAACCAUAAAUGAAUACACAAUUUCUGACAGUUACUCUAUGAUGUGGUAGGACAUCCAAUGACCUGGCUUUUCGAUCGCUGUACCGAUCAAUUCGAGAUCUUCACACGUUUUCUCGCGAAGGCUGAGGUUGAUGUGUGGUGUAUACAUGCUUGAGAUAAAAAAAAAACAUAGAUGCGGUAUCGGUAUUUCGUCCAUGUUCGCCACGGUACUUCGGUAUUUGCCAUUUUUCUGUACGGUAUUGCGGUAUUGGGUACCCCAUAAAGGCCCCCUCAUUUAACAAUUUUUGAAUGAUGCUGAGUAUGAUGUGAAGAAUUAUGCCGAUCGAGAAGAAUGUUAUCCACCAAGGGAGAGGUGGAAACAGCGUCCUUUGUUAGUUCACUAUUGCGCAACCAACCUCGUUCCUACGCAACUAUUCUUGCAUUUUCCAAAUAUAGUAAGCGCCAGAAUUAGCCGGAGGAUUGUAACCAAUCAGACAAGGUAAAAUCUUGAAUGACUAAUAUAUUGAUAAAUACCGUACUGAUAUUUCUCAAUCGUAAGGAUCGAUAGCUAUGAGUAGUAUAGGAUGCAAAACUUGAACCCCCUUUUAACAGGAACUUAGCAAGUGCAGGAACAGUGUCAGUUGAAGCUUCUGUUAUUGGCUUUUGAUCUAAUGCGGUGGAUUUUCAAAGAGGAUCCGCUGUUAUCGAAGUAAACGUCCGCUGUGAUGGUAUUUUCUGCAUCUUGGCUUCAUUUAUGAAAAUUUUUUAAUCUAGCCGUUUUAAACUUUUCACAACGAGCAAAGAGGUUUAGGUGAACAUGGAUGUUUGACCUUAAAAUAUUUAAUCCGUCAUAUCAAAGGUAUAAAUUCUUCUUACACUGGUGUAAUGGGAAAAGAAACUACUGCCAACGUAUCAAAAUAUUACAGAAAAAAAUAGUCUUCGACACAAACAAUUUUUUAUGUAAUAUCAAAAUUCAAACAAUUGGAACUGUCAGCAAACUGAGUGAAACAUAGAACUAACUGCUCAAAAAGUUAGAAGAAGUUAUAAAUGACACAACCUAUACAAAAGGGGUCACGGAUGGACAAACGUGAAGAAGAUUGAAUCGGAUUGAAAUUGUGAUUUUUGAAAACUUGUCAGCCUAACAGUUUUUAAAGUUCAUUUUUGUUGUUUGAUUUCAUGCAUAAGUUAUUUUCCAAGUUCCAUAGCGAAUAAGGACGCGUCAUUGAAUUAGCCAGCCGUAACACAACGUCUUUAAGUUGGAUCACAUAACCGUCACCUUGGCAGCUCAUUUAGCAGAGCACCGAUUUCCAGUAGGAUAGAGGGGGAUAGAAUCCUAGCAGACUGUACGUCAGGGUCUUUAAAAUUAAAUUUCAUGCUGUGUUUUAGCUCAGGAUUGUUUCUAGUAAAAGGAUUACUCUUAUUUCUUUUCUCUUUUUUGACAGGAAGUGACGAGAAUUUUGCUCAGACUGGGAAGCCUGGUAAUACUUUUAUUAUCUAUCUUGCUGCUUAAUUAUCUUUUUUUUUUCAGUAAAAAAAUCACCGUGGUCAUUUAUGUUGUGAGAAAUUUGUUCUACUUUCUUUUACGUUACCAUAGUUACUGUAACCUUAGUAAACAGUCGACAUUUCGUGACGUCACAAAUGGUUUCCCCGCGAAAUGACGUCUGAGAAACGACUGCAGAAAUCCAUUACUGAUGACGCGUCACUACCCAGAUCUGGGUAGUGCUUCUGGUUGUCUGAAAAUUUGCUUCAACCAACCAGAAGCACUAACCACAUCCAACUUGUGGAUGAUUCGUACCUCUUUACAGAGUUUGUACUCACACCGUCGGACGCUGAAGUUGAUGCAGGUUCGACUUUCGUCUGGAAUUGCACGGCCACAGGACAACCAACACCUGUGAUCACGUGGCAAGUGGAUGGUGCAGAGUUGUUGCCUGGAUACCUUGAGCACGUUAGCGUUUUGGCCAAUAAUAGUUUGCUCAUAAGAGGGGUAAAACCAGAAGACGCGGGACAUUAUCAAUGCCACGCUAGUAACGGAGUUGGUGUCCAUGUGGUACAGGCAAAGCUACGUGUCAGAGGUAAGAACUGUUCCUCGAUUUCAGAUUUUAAGGAUCAGUGUUGUUUUAAAAGUAGUAAUAGUGAACAUCUGUCGAACGCACCUAUGAAAUUUAAGAGUCUUCAUAUCCAAUAAAUCCAGAGUUUCAUAUCAUCAACUGACGUCAUACAAAUCACUUAGACUCUGAAGAUGACUACCGCACAAGUUGUCGAAACGCCAGUCACCUUCAACUAGUCCUAUUCAGAUCUUCGUUCACCCAGACGAUCCUGCUCCAUGAACUUAUGAAAUGACCCCUGUCUUCAAACCUUUCUUAGUGUCUUGUAGCUUGGACUGCGAGUGACGGCUCGAGUACAAGUGCGACUUUAAGUUUUCAAGCGUUUUUACAGCCCCGACGGGUUUUUAUGAUAUACUUGACCCUAAUGAAGGCAUAGCUUUUUUUUCAAGUGGUCGUCCAAGCCACAUGAAGGUGCAACCAUUUUUAUGCAAUUAGCCUUUAUUCUUAACACACAAGUGUUUAGAACUGUCCUUCCUACAAUCAUUGUCAAUGAUGAGGCAAAUUUUUUUCGUUGUGAAAAUUGUUUACAUCUUCAUGUAAAUGCUGUUAGCUGUUUCUGCAGUAAUGAACUGGUGGACUGUCGUUCACUUAGUCAAACUCAAGCUGCAAGUGAAUAACCGUGUAUUAAGGUUCCUUUUUUCUCACGUGUAUUUCUUUUUUCUGUUCAAAGUUAAUGGAAACUGGAGCGAGUGGCAAGAGUGGGAGCCCUGUAGCAGAUCAUGUGGAGUCGGUGAACAGUAUCGGUUUAGAACAUGUGAUAAUCCUGCACCCAGUGGGGGAGGGAGAAAGUGCGAAGGAAGUGAGGCUGAGAUGCAACCCUGCAAUGUACAGUCCUGCCAAGGUUUGUAUAUAAAAUAUGUCACAUAAGGGUAACUUUGUUUUGUUGGUGGGAGGAAACUAUCUUUGGAUCUUUGGAGAACUAUUAUGGUUAAAUAUAGCGCUCUUUUUCUCGCCCUACUUCUAGAUUGACUACCUAACUUUUGAGUUUUGUCAAUGAGCACUCGCUUACCCCUCAGCGCACACACCUCUUCUCCAAAAUACGUUGAGGAAACCAUGAUGGUAACGACAGCAAAAAAGUCCCUAAUAAAAUCAGUUGGCGUUUGUUUGAUCCUGGCAAAACAGCCGACAUUUCGCGACACCAUACCUGCUUUCCCUCGUGAAAUGGCUUCUGACGAACGACUGCAGAAAUUCCAUGCUGAUGACGUGUCACUACCCAGGUCUUGGUCAGUAGUGCUUCUAAUUGGUUGAAGAGCACCACCAGUCAGGAGCACUGCCAGAUCUAGGUAUUUGUGCGUCAUCAGUAUGGAAUUUUUGUGGUCGUUUCUCAGAUGUCAUUUUACGGGGAAACCAGGUGUGGUGUCGCGAAAUGUGGGCUGUUUCCUUAGGCUACUGAAAGUCGCUUUCAAUAUUUUGUCAAAUGUAGAAAUUUUAGGAUCGGUUAUUUAAGCGAAGUCUAACUUAGAUCGCGGUUUAGGCAAUCUUUGAAACUCCAGAUCUCUUUCUUAGUGGGCUAUUUUAAGAAGACAAAUGCUUUUCUAGUCCACUUUAUAUGCUUUAAUGAAACUGUUCACGAUAAGUGGUGUUGACAUAAAAGCGUUCGCCAAACUGAAAAUGGCUUUGAACGCGGUUUUGUUAAACACUGGCUAAACUCCGUUUAAAUAAAUGGCCCUUAGGGACUGAACUCAUGUCUGGAAAGAGGAAGAAAAAUUCAUCGUGAUGUGUCUGUCAGUCUUUCUUAAAACGUCGCAUCAGGAAAAAUCACGUCGUAAUUGUGCAGUGACGGCAUUGAAAUGUACCAAAACGUAGAAUUCCCCUUGAGGGAAUUUUUGCUUUCCAAACCUUAUAUAUAUUUUCUUAUAUUUUUUGACGUUGUCUUUACCGUCGCUGUUGUCAAAGUCGUAGUAAUGUGGCCCUCUGCUGCUGCCUGCAAUCACUAACGAAAGCACUCACAAAAGACUAAGGAAAGAUAUUUAGGUAAAUUUAAUUCCCUAAUAUCAUCUUUCAUAACUGUUUCUCGUGUGUUUCAAUCACCAUUACCGUAGUGGAUGGUGCAUGGUCCAUAUGGACAGAUUGGUCCUUGUGCUCUGAGGUUUGCAGUGGUGGAGAACAAACACGAUACCGAGAGUGUAAUAAUCCAGUUCCUUUACACGGUGGUAAAAACUGUACAGGCCCAGCGAGGGAAUCAAGGCCUUGUAACACUUUUAAAUGUUCAGGUUAGUUUAUUAGUUGACUUGAAUCCGUAGUAUAGUAGCGAUGAAAUUAACCUUUUUUGAGGGGGCAUCUCAUAAUCUUAUGGAAAAAUACAUCACGUUGCUUUCCCUCCACCACGUUUUCUUGGUUUGCAACCACGUGACAAGGCGGCCAUGUUGGGGGUCAAUACAAUAGAAUUUUUUCUCGAAAAAUUUAAAGGAAAAUAGAGUUUAGUUCCCAGUGGAGAGAAAUGCUUUUGUUCGUGACCACCAACAUGGCCGCUGUGACGUCACGUGCAAACAAGCAAUUACAAGAUUGUUACGCGAAAGUGCAGUUAUUAACAAAUGAAAAGCGGAAACGACGAGCACAUGACCUUAUCUAAAUGAGAAUCCAUCGCAUCGUAUUCAUGAGAUAAAGACAAAAGGCUUUGACGUCAUCGGCGCUAACCUAUUCCUCCGUAAGAUAAUUAGAUUCUCUGAAAAAAAGGUUCAUUUCAUCCCUACUAAUACUUCAGUUGGUUUAAGAAAUUUGAGCACCUAACACCUGCGUUACGCCAGAUCAAAUCGCUACCGGUAAAUGAGCAUCUCCACUACAAAGACGAGCCUAGCUCCCACGUAUUUGUGUGAGUCUCUCCGAAGACGCAAGUCUAUUCACUAUCAUAACACUAGAAACAGAGAAUCCCUUGAUAUUCCUCCAAGUGAGACAAAGUCAGGCCAGCGACGUUUCCUCCAUAGAGCAGUCAUCAUUUGGAACAAUUUAGACAAAGACUUUAGACAGUUAUCCUUACUAUCAUUUAAAAAAAUUUGAAAACGCACAUGCUAGAGAAUUAUUUUAAUGACUGCUUUUUAUAAUUUUAUUCAUUUUUUUAUUAUAAUGUUCUUUGCUGUUUAGUAUUGAAAAGCCCCCUGGGAAAUACUAAUAAAAGUAUGUAUAAAAAGUAUGUAUAAUUGGUUUAUCUUUCACCGGCUCUACAUGAGUAGCGGUAAUGCUGAAUAUGCUAGAAAUCACAGCACAUAAGUAAGAGGAUGAUGGGAUAAAUGAGUAUGUUGCAUCUUAUCAUCGGUUGACGCAGAGCUCCAUGGGUAGGGAAAUCUCUUUUCUAUCCUUUCGAGAAUUUUUGUAGUUAUCUGCUGACCAGUUUAUGAUUUAUCGUUGGAUCGUGAGCUUAAGUUUUAUUUUCAUUGAAUUGGGGAGCAAGGGAUGGCGCAGUGGUUAGAGCACUCGCCUCCCACCAAUGCUGCCCGGGUUCGAAUCCCGGCGUCGACGCCAUAUGUGGGUUGAGUUUGUUGUUGGUUCUCUCCCUUGCUCCGAGAGGUUUUUCUCCGGGUACUCAAGUUUUCCCCUCUUUUCAAAAACCAACACUCCCAAAUUUCAAUUCGAUCUGGAACGUACGGACACGUUUAAACGAGUUCAUAUGAACUCCUAGGUGCUUCGUGGGUAAACAAGCAAUUUACAAUAUUUUUUUAUGUGUGUAUGGGAAGUAGUUGUGGUAUUCUUUUAGUUGAAUGGUUAAUAUUUAGCAGUAGCUCUGCUAUUAGGAUUGGCUGGUUUUAUAUUAGCCACUUGUUUAUGUCUAUCCUCAUGCCUUGAUGCAAUACCACUAUAGUCGAACCUCUCGUCGCAACUGACCAACUUUUUAUGUAAACGGCUCUCCACGGUUUGGAAUGAAAUAUAUGAAACGUUUGCUCGCCCAGUGUAGGUGGGUAACCCUUCUACCCGGGAAGACAUUUCUCCAUAUAAGCAGAUUGUUACUUCUUCAAUAGGCUAGUUAUAAGCGUAAGCUCUUUAAGUGCAUUGGCUAAGAACCUUUUCCGUCCAAUGGAACAACGCAGUUUUAAGACGUCAAGAAGACUUACAAAAUAAUGAAGUAAUCGUUGACGAUUAUCAAAUUUCUUUCAGAUGGCGUCGAAGUAGCGAUUGGACAAGUCCGUGGAACGGUCAAUAACGUUAUGCUGCCGACACUGUUUCUGUUGGCAAACUUCACUAAGACCCCAAGUAAUGACACUCAUGUUUCCUGGACAGUGAGUGGCCUUCCUGGACCAAUCAAAAACUGGCUUAAGUCCGUGUCGAUCCCCUUGACAACCCCUGUUUACUGGGCAACUGCGCGAGAGAAGCCUGGUGCCCAGAAUGGUCUGAACAUAACGAAAGGACGAUUUGUAUUCAAAACUGUGGUAAAUUUCGAUACUGGCGAAACACUGUUGAUUGUGCAUCGAGGACAAGGGCUGAAUGAUAGGGGUGUAUUAAUGCUGGAUGUGGUCGUAAAGGGAUCGACGCCAAAGCUUCCACCAAACGUCAAUGUUAACAUCUCAGAUUUUGAAGAGAUGUUUAUUAAGACAGAAGAGAAUGAGAUAAGCUCUUUAUCACGGUACGAUUUUAGGUUCGCUUUGUGCGACAUUUAAAUGUUUUUAAUAAGACAAUAACAAGGUGAUAAACUUCUGUUGUAACGAAACGUUUUUAGGGGACAUGGACACACUAAGGCAAAUUUUCUUUUUUCUUUAUUCAAGUAGAUGCGGUUCCCAGCAAUUCAACUUCGGAAAACUUCGGGGGGGGGGGGGGGGGGUAAACAAGCUAUAUUAUGAAUAUAUAUUUUUUUUUUUUAUCAGCUUUUCUGUACACAGACCUGCCCAGAGGGAAUGUGCGCGAACGGGACUCAGGUCCCAUGCGAGGUGCCAUCCCUACCCAAUCCCACAACCCUUAAAGUUUGGCCACACCACCGGGGUCUAUGACCCCUACUCUUUUACGUCCCACAAGAACAAAUCAGUGAAAGUGCUGUGAGACGGGACCUACGGUUUUUCGUCCUUAUCCGAGAAGACUAGAAAGUCUAACCAUUUGCAGAUGUCUUUACAAAGGUAGCACUUUCUGCUCACUUAUUUAAGAACUCUGAGUGUUGGUCCUGCCGGGGUUUGAACCCGCGACCCCACGCCCGACAGACUCGCGCUCUCCCAACUGAGCUAACCAGGCGGCGGUUAAAAUGCAGGUCUCGGUGAAAAUGGUGAAUUGGUUCAAGUUAUUUGGUGUGUUUCUUUCCCAGCGUUUGACUGGGAAAGAAAAUCCCGUUUUUAGUUCAAAUUAUCGGGUGUUUUGAGAAACCGAAGGUUGGAGGCAUAUCGGAAUUCUACUGAAAUAUCAUUUAUCGGUUGCAGACGAGUGAUGUUUGUGGAUGGCAAACCCAUUCCUUUCUCCGUCAAUUCAACCAUUUCCUACUCCUCUGAGGACAAACAGAAUGGAUCUUUGUACAAUAAAGUUCGCGUGUCUACUGUGGAUAUCAGUCGCUCUCGACAGACUGAUGUACUGGAAAUUAGUUCGACUGCAUUAGUUGAAAAAGGUGUGUGAUCUAUCAAAAAGAUUGUUUUCCUGUUCUGGAAAAAACACAUGGCGUGAGGGAGGUUUCGCAUUUCCUGGCCUAUUUCGAUGAGUUUACAACAAGUUUAGAUGGCUUUAAAAAUUCAAGUGCUGAGUUUUUCUGAAAGCAUCCCGUGUUUUGAUUUUGUUUUCUGAUAGCGCUUAACAAAUUCACGUUAUCGAAGAGUAAAGGUGAAUUGUGUCUUUCGUAUCUUUUGAGGGUCUUUCUGAGAGCCCCUAUCUAUAUCUCCAUUUACAAAAUGACUACGCAGGCGCUUGAGGAAGAGACCUGGGCGCGCUUUAGGGCGCGCUACGGAGACACGCGAGAGGAUGUUAGUGGUGUGAUAAGUCCUUCACUGCCUUGUACUACAUGUUUACAAACGAUCUCGUGUUUUUUUGGUUGACAGUUUUCUCGCCCAACGCGAACACUCGGGAACCUCUUGACCAAUAGGGAUAUUCCGCACUCUAAGAAAGCGGAAAAAAUAGUUUCGUGGGGCUCUCGGGCAGGCGCUCCCUCUCCCCUCGCGUGUCUCCCUCGUACGCCGCGCGGUUCUUUCUGGCGCCUCGUACUUUCAAGCGUCUGCCACGCUGGCUACGUAUUGACAGGAGCCCUUCGAGGAGCCUGUUUUGUCAGCUUUGUAAUAUUUUCUUUUUGCUUUUAGUUUCAUCUUCUGACCCAUGUCCUCCAGGCCUGAUACUCCAUGCUUCUGCUCAGUAUUGCCAAGGUAAAAGAUUUGUUUAUUCAAAUGUAUAGCUGAAAGGGUUUACAUUGAACUUAGAAUUAGCAACAGUCUGUAACUCUUGAGCACAGUCAUAGCAAUGAUGGGAAAUAUUUUUGGACACGCAAUUAACAUUUCCAAGAAAGGACUGUGAUACAAGUUCUAGGCUUAAGAAGUUAAACUGGUGGUAAUGUUUUGUCAAGACCAAUCCUUUCAACCUUAAUUAAUGUGGAUUGAUUUGGAUACGGUCUCUCACUUUUCAACCGUUAAAAUGAGAUUGUGACUGGGUAUAGACCUCUUUCAUAAUGGCGGCCUAGUAAUACGUAUUAAAAAUUCUUUUGCAUUUUGCACAUGCUAACAAGGUCAGAAAGGCUAAUUAUCAUAUUGGUCACCCCACCAUUAAACGUGAUCAAUUAAAAUGAGAGAUUGUUUGGAUAAGCGGAUUACAUUACCUAAGGGUUACCUCACCUACCUGGGGUCCCCCACCUGCAUGUAAACAGGCCCUACCGUUAAUUCAAGUUUAAGUGAAUUCAUCUACGAUCGCUUUACAUAACCCACACCCUGUAGCGGUGCACAAUAGUUAAGUUGAUAAGUGAAUGUGCUUUAAGAUUUCAAUGUGUGCGGCCUUAUAACAUUUCUGUUAUGUUUCGUAUUCAGAUGUUAAUGAAUGUACCGCUGACCCAAGUGUUUGCUCCCAUUUCUGUGUAAACUUGUUUGGUUCAUUCCGGUGUUCUUGUCCGCUGGGUCACGUGCUUUCUUCAAACAACAGGACUUGUGAAGGUGAGGCACUUCUUCGGUCUGUGACGUGUUUGGUUCAGUGAUCCCUUGUAAUACUGACUCGCACUUGUUACUCCUCUGACUUGACAAUCGACCUUAGUUGUGUCGCGCAAAUCACACUCUCCACCAAACGUUUUGAUGUUAACCGUACGAAGGUUUGGUUUUCAGUCUAACUUCUCUUCACGGACAAUUGUUUCCCAAAGAUGCCAAAUUUCAUGUAUAAUAAUAAUACUAAUAAUUAUAAUAAUAAUAAUAAUAAUAAUGGAAUUUAUAUAGCGCUUAUACAUCGCUGUUCUAAGCGCUUCCUCUAUAAUUAAAAAACUCCUGUGGUGUGGACUCUUGGCUCUUUCCCUUUGGUGUCUGCAUCAAGAAGGUUUGCGCAUAUGAUUAUUCUCAUAGAAUAUAUGCAUUGUAAAUAAUAGAUAUUAUUAUUAUUAUUACUGUUUGACUGUACCAGUCUUACAAGCAAAAGUGUUUGAGCAAUGGUUUCUCUUAUGGGCUAACCUGGGAAGAAGAGUUAUUUCAUUUUAUACUUUCAUUUGUUUCUUUAUAAGUGAUCUGGAGAUUUUUAUUCUGGACUUGAUUGUUUCCGAACACUACAUCGACGUCCGUAUUGUUGAAAGCAAAAUUUGUGAGACUCAUAGCUAAUAUUUCGUUCCCGUAGCUGUCUGGAGUUCGUAAAGACGUUAGCUUUCACCUUCUUUUACCAGAUGUUGACGAGUGUGCGCUAGGAACUGGAUCAUGUCCUCUUGGUGAAGACUGUGUAAACACCGCUGGCUCAUUUCGCUGCCGUGGCAGAUGUCCUAAUGGAUUUAAUAUGACCGACAACGACACUUGCGUUGGUAAAGAGGCUAGCUUCUUUUUCAUAAUUUUCAUCUCAUUUCAAAGAUUUCCAACUUGGUUUAAAUAGACCAUUCGCACGAUGGCAUCAUGUUAUUUAUUUAUCCACAUAGUUUAUUUAGUCACUUUACAAUAUUAUCUGUAUAUAGACUGCAAUAUUAUCUGUAUAUUAUCUGUAUAUUGACUGCUGUAACCUUUCCUCUCCGCCCGCCUCGUCUAGCUUUUGCUAUUUGCGGGCGAAGAUGGCAAAAUGAUGUGUAUGAAAUAAAGUAUAGUGUGUGUGAUUUUACUACUGCGACCAGAAUCCUUUUCGAUUUUCCUUUCAUAUUUAACGUCUGAUAAUCCCAGCGAGGUUUUAAUAACAAAAGCCUUAAUUUGCACUAGAAAGCAAUACCUAAAGGAUUCUGGUCGUAGUAGUAAAAUGGCGUCAUCGUGCAAGAGGCCUAUUUGUGUUUGACUAGUCCACUUUCACGCUGUUGCUAAUUUUUUAUGGUCCUUGUCAGAUGUUAACGAAUGUGAGCCUGCGUUGUCGGAAGUUUCUUCACAACCAAACAACCCAUGUUCCCACAAGUGUGAGAAUUUGCCUGGUUCCUUCAGGUGCUCCUGUAAAGAUGGGUAUCAACUUAAAGGGAACCAGUGUGAAGGUGAGGAAGUAUGAUAGCAGGAACGCGUUAAUUGUAAGGUUUAUAAUAAUUGAUAGUCCCUAAAUAGGUCUGCAUUUUAUAGUUCAUCGUAGAAGUCAUUUUCCUCAAAGUCCUUUUUCCUUGAGGGAGUUACAGCGUGAAGUAUUGCUUGACGGGGCUUGAACUCGCAUCCUCCCGCUGGGCAGACCACCGCUCUCGCAACUGUGCUAACCGGGCGGCAGGACUUUAUGACGUGAGGUUACGUUUUGUGCUGUUUGUUGUAGACAUUGACGAAUGUGCGACCGAGAUCUGUGAUCAAGGUUGUGAAAACCAACAAGGAAGCUACCGCUGCUUUUGUAACCAAGGAUACCGGAACAGAUCAGACAGUAAAUGCCUUGGUGAGUAGUGGCGCCCUUUUGCGCUUAAUGCCCUUGCCAUAUCAUGUUCUCUGGCAGUCACCAGACUCUGAUCUGAAUGAGUGAGAACUGAGUGCUUGAUGCAUGUCUCGUAAUUCCUUUAGCCUAAUCCAGGCUUUCAGACUGUAGAAUGCGGCGCGAAGUCAGAGCUAGAGAGCGGGAAAAACGAAAGAUGAUGUUAUAACGCUCUCAACCCCAACCUGAGCCCCUCGCUGUUUUUCCUGCUCACAUCUCCUUGCGUCGUUUUCACGGUCUGAACGCCUGAAAAAACUAUAAUGCCUUUAUCAUUCCUGCCUCUGGCCUCCUCAGCCCCCGCCUCGGUGGUAUCUAAACUGAAACGACAAAAUAUCCUACUAGCUUGAUUAAUUUGAGCAAAGCAAAGUUGAAAGUGUAACCUGUAUUAAGCAGACACGUUCGGGAUUUUCGCUGUUGUCCAAUAAAUAGAGGUGUCCACAGAGUACAGGUUUGUUUUUCUAAAAUAUGAGACGACACCUUUGAAACAGAGCCAUUCGUUCGCUUGAUACAGGUUCUUCUGUAUUUUGCACGCCAUCUUUGGGGAAAAUAUUAUUAGUGAAUUGUGCUAAAUAAAGGUGGAGAUUUGUGUUUCCUCGUUUUCUUCCUCGUAACAACACCACAGGUUCGUUUGUGCCACUCUUGUUAAUUCCAAGUGAGUAACGUGCUGUAUUUUUUUACAGCGGUUAAUUAUCACUGCCUCUCAGUAGUGUUUCCUUGUGUUUUCUUGAGUAGGGAGGAGAAAUUAAGGAGGCCCUGCCUGAUUUAAAGUCGCCCAUGCCCAAACUUCGGGACUAGUUAAUCUUGUUCUCUAUCGUCAAACGAGUCGUCAAACUAGUUUUUCGAGUGUGCGCAUACGUCUAUUGGUAAAUCGUUGGUCAUAACUGAGCCCGCUGUACCAAGCGCAUGGCCGUUAGGCCUGGGUUUGAAACUGUAUCCCAGCAACAAGCAGUACAUGCUCAAUAAAAAUCUUUAAACUCGAUUCAGUCUUUCUGGACUACGCUGAAGUCGAGCAAGUGAAAAAAAGGCUCCGCUAGCAGGGUGGUUAAUUAUUAAAUACUUUGCGAAACUGGAUCUUUUAUCGCAUUGACAGAUGUAGACGAAUGUGUUGAGAACAGGACCAUCUGUGGUGACCGUCAAUGUGCUAAUAUACCCGGAAGCUUUCAAUGUUUAGGCAAGUGUGACGUGGGUUUCAAAAGAACCAUGGAUGACAAGGCGUGUGUAGGUAGGUAUUGAUUAUCCUUCUAUUCUGCUGAUAAGGACGGACCUUAAGCAACGACGACGGCGACAGCAGUGAAAACGUUGCUAAAAAAAUUAAUUUGCGUUCUUUCAAACUUAACCGCCUCUAUUUGGACCCUCUCAAUAUGCCAAAUGCAGGCGACUUUUCCUGGACUUGAAUUCUUAAAGACUUUAUCCAGGUUCAAAGAGAGGAAGGAAAACUCGUCGUCGUAUGUCCACCGUCCUCCAUAAAACGUCGCAUUGGGAGGUUUUACGUCGUAGUCGUGCAGUGGACGUCAAAGAAAUGCACUAAAAAGCGUGAUGCGCGCGCAGAGCUGUUGUUUUGCUCAUAAAACCAACUGUUUUCUAAAGCUGUCGUUGUGGUUGUCGUCGUAGUUGCUUAAGGUCCAUAGUGUUAAACCCCAACGUUCAGAACGUUCACUCCCAGGUGAAGACAAGGGAGCUUUAGCAACGACGACCGCGACGGCAGCGAGAACGUCAAAAAAGCAACAGGUUUAGAUUAGCAAAACAACAACUUUGACGUGCAUCACGCUUUUUUGUACAUUUCUUUGCCGUCACUGCACGAGUACGGCGUGAUAAUCCCUAAUUUCACGUUUUGUGGAGGACGUCAACAAGCGACAACGAAUUUUUCUUUCUCUUCCAAAACUUGAGUGUGGUCCCCAAGAAAUCAACUCCAGGGAAAUUCGCCUACAUUUGACAUUUUCAGGGAAUUGGAAUAAACGCGACAAAGUUUGAAAAAUCGCGAAUUCAUUUUAAAAGUGACGUUUUCGCUGCCGUCGCCUCCGUCGAUGCUAAAGCUCCCUACUAUCAUGAGUAAAACAUGGAAGUAAAAAUCUUAGUGUAUACUCAGAUGGUUUCUAGUACUUUCACAACAUCAGUGCUGGGUACCAAAGAAGGGUAGUGCCAUAACCUUUAAAGAUUUAUUUAUUUAUUAAAUGGUAGGAUUUCACAGCAAAGAUUUAGAAAACCACGACGGUAGCAUUGAGAUUUGGUGCACAAAUUGCAGUUGUUUCUAUAAACAUUAUAUUUACAGAUUUUGAAGAAUUGGUAAGGGCUUUAUCUCUUUAGAUACAAACAGUGGGUUUAGUCUUCUUUGUUCCUCUGAGAUGCAUCCCUUUUGCGCUGAAAUUCGUUCGACUUCGGUGUAAGCGAUCGUUGGUUCAAAAUGUCAAAACUUCACCAAAAUAUUUUAGCAAUUUUCUUGCCAGCUAUACGUAGGUAACUGCAUUCAACCAUUUUAGGUCUUCUGUAUAGGUGCGUAAGUAGAUUGGGUCGGAGCCUUGUUAUCCGAGCCUUGUGAGUUUUCCCUUUUGUCUUUCAGAUGUUAAUGAGUGUAAUGAUGGCAAACACAAUUGCAAGUCAAACCAGAUGUGUAUGAAUACAUAUGGUAGCUUCUACUGUGUCUGCCCCAGGGGUUACUCGGCAAAGACAGCCCAGUCCCCUUGCGAAGGUAGGUUGACAAACUACGGUUUCCUAAUCCACUUAGAUUCACAGUAGUGGAACUAGUGCUACUCUGAUUUGCUAAACGUUUGUUCCAUCCUAGCCUGCGACCAAGUUCUCCAUUUGGGGGCGUCGCGAGAAGUCACGCGAGAGUAGCACGCGAAGGGAAACGCGAGUGCGAGGCUCUUUGUAAGCCAUGUAAAAUGGAGAGCUUGAUCGCAGGCUAAUUCCAUCCCAGAUUCUUUGUCGCCUAGGUAACCUGCGAACGCAAUUGUUGUUCCGGUCUUCGCACAAGAUAUUUUGUCUUGUUGGUCAAUCACCAAUCAUCCCUUGAGUAGGUUUUCUUAAUUUUGCCGAAAUCCCCAAAAGCACUUGUUUUAUUUAGAUACAGUAUUCCGUUAACUCGAAAUGUAGAGCUGUUUCUAAACGAGCGCCACAAACGACAGCUAAACCGUUACAAAGGUAGAUUAACUUAUUUCCUCUUCUGCAGAGUACAGGCCAAGUGUGUUACUGAUUUUGCAAAAGCGCAAUCAUUGAAUUUAAGUGUGAAGAGGAAGUUGGAGUUGGAUGCCCAUAUUUACUUUCCAAAGGUCUUCGCGUUCGACUAGCAUUACGACGAAACAUAGCAAGUUGUCAUUGGGAUGAUGUUAGUUUAUCCAAACUUCAUUGCAGAUGUGAAUGAGUGUGAACAGUUUCAAGGAAUCUGUGAGUAUCAGUGUGUGAAUACUGUCGGCAGUUUUGAAUGUCGAUGUCCAGGGGGAGGCAUCCUCAACGCAGAUCAAAGCACGUGCUCUGGUUAGUAUCAUACAUUAUUGUUUGAACGAAUCCGCGAGCGGAUUAGCCUGUUCACAGACCCUCUAUUUUCUCUUCAAAGUCCGUCGAGCGCGGCGGGUGAUAAAAUAUAAACCGCAGGGGAUUUAUUGACCGCCAGCGCAAGUGGGUAGUGGUGAGGGAAAAGAACGAAAAGAAACAUAAAACAACGUCUGUGUACAGGUUACGAGCGGGUAAGAUAAGGCGAAUCCUGCGUUCUGAUUAGCUACCCGAGCGGGCAAAAUGGGCCAGUCUUGCUCCCUCGUGAUUUUUCCGUUGGUUUGUGAUCGUUUUUGUUUACUUUAACGUCGUCUCGGAAAUUUUGAAAUUUUGGUUUUAAAUCAAUUGGAACGGACUACAGUCAACUCCCUCUAAGACGGACACCUUUUGGGACCGGCAGUAAGUGUCCGUCUUAGAGAGGUGUCCGUCUUAUAGAGAGUCAAAUAAUAGGAGUAAAGAAAGGCAGGGACCAACUUUAGGUGUCCGUUUAGGGAGGUGUCCGUCUUAUAGAGGUGUCCGUUAAGAGAGUUGACUGUAUUUCGGUUCGGUCCGACGGAAUAUUGGGGACCACCUUUGAAGGUCCACCUUUACCGGCCUGGUCAUUUCGUCGGUCCGACCGAAAUGUUCCCGUCAAUUUGACAAAAUUGUUGUCCCCAGCACCUCUCUUUUGCAUCCUGCUUACAAGAACAAUAACCAAACGCGCGGUGGCUUGUGUCGGGUCUGUGCAAUCGGAAUGUACCGUUCCAUUGGGUACGUGAAAUUUCCGAAAUUUUAAAGCGGAAUUUUUUUUUAAUCCAAAGCGUCCGUAAUAUGUUUUAUGCAGGAUGCGUAUUAUGGUAUAGUUGCACUUGGUUAAGUCUGAAAUCCCUCUCAUCAUUGUAUUGCCUAUAAAAAGGUCGCUCAGUGCGUGAAUCUCAAUUAACGUCUUCAAUUUUUGAUUCUCAAAUUUGUAUUUCGCUCAGCACGUAUUUGCAUAGAGCACUUGUACUACUUAGUGCUAAUUCUACUGAUAGCUGUUCUUGUUGUCGUUGUUGUUUAUCAAGAAAUCCAGAAAUGUACGUAUAUAUAAAAAGAGAUUUAACAAUAACGACUUUCGCCCUUUGGAGAAGAAACCAAGUUUCAAAUCGCCUUGGGAGAUGGUGUGAGUAAAACAGUCCUUUUGUUUCCACUCUUUUCGCAGGUGUGGACGGCUGUGCAAUCGAGAACCUGAAAUGCGAGCAACGUUGUGAUUUUUCUGCGCAGGGAUACAGUUGUUCCUGUUCGCGUGGGUAUCGACUUGCUGACAACAAACAGGAUUGUGUUGGUAAAUUAAAGAAGAAUAAACUAGACUCCUUUUUCGACUUCUAGACCUGCACAUAUGACGUUAAUUGGCAUACGGUAGAAACCUUAACUCCUGUAACCCUUAUUUUAUUCUACUAAUGCCUAGUUCCGAAGAAUCGUCCUUUUUAUUUAUUAUAUUUUUAGUAAAAAAAAAAAUUAAAAGCGUAAGUUCUUUACUGCUUGAAUGACUCAACCACCAUUUUUCUGUUGAUGAAUACAUUUUACUUAGAUGUGGAUGAAUGCUCGUCGAACGAGACCAACUCAUGUCAGUUCGCCUGUAUUAACACCAUUGGAAGUUACAAAUGCGCAUGUCCAACCGGAUAUCACCUCAGUGCUGACGGCAAGAAAUGCCAAGGUAAUACUAUACAAAAUGGUAUCCGUAUAACCUAUACGACAGUGAGGGGAGGGGUAGGUGCGCAGUUUCCCCGAAAGGUAUUAUGAUCCCUAUGAUCCGACGACGGUUGCCUACGAAUACAGCCUUCUUUCCACGAUUGUCUGAGGCGUUUUUUAAUUCUAUUUUUUGGUUGAGAAAACAUUCUUUACGUUAUUAUGUAGGUCCAAAAGGUGUUCGUUUGGCUUUCAUUUUCUAACAGCGAUUGUAAUUGGGUUUCCGCGAAAACAUUAGUUCGUAACCACGGGUUAAGGAACAAAACCUUCUCACAUUGUCAUGUAAACACCACGGAUAGCAUUGCAGUUCCUUAUCGUAGAUUACAGUACAUUUACAAGAAAAGCAAACCAGACCGAUGGAAAGUCUUGCAGUUAAUAACUUAUAAAACUCUUAAAUUUUGAAGCCAAAUAAAGCAUUCAUAAUUAAAGACAGAAACCUUUGUUGAGAUGCUGUUUUGUUUUGUUUUUUUACUACAGCCUUUUACAUAAACGUAAUUAUAUUUCUCUUAGACGUGAAUGAGUGUGCUCUUACGAAUGGGCCUUGCCAGCAGAAUCAGUGUUACAACACCCGAGGAAGUUAUCAGUGCCUGCCUUCUUCCUGCCCUCAACAGUAUCAUCAAGUUGGAGGCGGGUAUGUAACUGAAGUAGUGCCAAGUUUUCUCGAGCGAGCGAGUUCCGAUGAUUCUCCGAUCAGUAACGGUUGUUGCGGGUCGUUGAUUUUACUGUCGCUGACAUUCUCGUUCUUAGUUUUUUUCCGUGAGUUGAGCCAGGUUAAACUUUUACGCUUACGAGCGACCUUUCAUGCAUUGCCUCUAAUUCGUACGAAAAUAUUUUCAACCCUUAGUUCAUUUUCCGAAAUGAUUGAUUGAAAUAAUUGGAAAUAUUCUGGGUCUGAUUUUUGUCUUUAUUGCCUUUUUUUUUUCUCCUUCUAGGUUUUGCGUCAAUCAUUGCUCGGUCCCUGGCUACUGCGCACCUCAAGCCUUCCGUCAAGAAGUGCUUCCGUUGCCGCUUGAAUUUCCCGCCAAUACCAACAUUGCGCGAUUAAUCCCAUUUUUCCCGCCAUAUAUGGCCUCUCUUCAGUACUACUGCCAGUUCCAGUAUACCUUUGAAGUCCAGCCCUCUCCCUUUGGUAUCAGGCUACUUGCAAACGAGGCCAUGAUAUACACGAAACAGAAACUAGAAAAGGCGGGAAUACACAAGCUGCGCGUUACUGCGGAUUUGUUUUAUAUGGACGGGACGCUGGCAUGUAGGACUGUGUUUACGGUGUAUAUAGAUGUAGCUAAGUUUAGUUUCUAA